AUGAGACUCUCCCUCUUCCUCUCGGCCGUCUCCCUCGGCGUCGGCGCCAUACCCUGUCUGCUGUCGGCCAUCUCGAACUCGACGUGCAAGCCGACGGACCUCGAAUGCCUCUGCGCCGACGAUCGGGCCCAGGACGACGCCGGCCGCUGCAUCAAGGCCAAGUGCCCGCUCUCGGAUGCUCUCUCGGCGCAGAACACGACGCUGAGCUCGUGCAACGUGCCGUCGCAGGAUCGUUCGCAGGAGUACGUCAACAUUGUCAUUCCGCUGGGCGUCUUCGCCCUCGUCUUCACCGUCACGCGUCUCGUCUUCAAGCGAUUCUUCAGCGCCGCCAAGCGGCUCUGCCCCGACGACUGGGCCAUCCUCGGCACCGUCGUCAUCUGCAUCCCCGCCAUGGUCAUCGACGUCGAGGGCCUCGCGGCGCACGGGCUCGGCCGGGACAUUUGGACGCUGACGACGUCGGACAUUUCGACGUUUGCCCUCUACUUUUACGUCAUGGAGAUUCUCUACAUUGCGAGCAUCUCGCUCAUCAAGCUCAGCCUCUCGCUCUUCUACCUGCAGCUCUUCUCGGGCGCCGUGGUGCGCGUGCUGCUCUGGUGCACGGUCGGCGUGAACGUGCUGUUUGGCUUCGUCUUCAUCAUCGUGGCCAUCUUCCAGUGCACGCCCGUGAGCUACUACUGGAACCAGUACGUCGACGCGAACCCGGGCGGCCAAUGCAUCAACAUCAACCUCGUCGGCUGGCUGAACGCGGCCAUUGGCGUGCUGAUCGAUCUGUGGAUGAUUGGCCUGCCGCUGACGCAGGUCAUGACGCUCCGGCUGCACUGGAAGAAGAAGGUGGGCGUCAUCAUCAUGUUUCUGUUUGGAACCUUCAUCACCAUCGUCUCCAUCCUCCGGCUGCACUCGCUCAUCUACUUUGCGACGUCGGACAACCCGACGUGGGACCUCUGGACGCCGGCGGUGUGGUCGGUCAUCGAGGUCAACGUGGGCAUGAUCUGCACCUGCCUCCCGGCCCUCCGCCUCAUGCUCGUCCGCCUCUUUCCCAAAAUCUUUGACGGCUCACGCUCGACCUCGUACGCGCACGGAACGAGCAGCUCGCAGGACAGGAGCGCCGCGCGUUGGAGCAAGAGUCGGCCGGAGGAGGCGGCCAUGUCGGGCAUGGAAUCGCACGGCGAGGCGGCGGCGGUUCCGUCGGACGAGCCGUAG